ACAAAUGGAGAGCAGAGGUUUUAUGGAAAAGAACUUGUUGUUAUCGUUCUUCCUCUCUGUAUUAAGCUUGACGGUGGGAUUAUCGAGGGCUCAAAUGGUGCCGGCGAUGUUCGUUUUCGGGGACUCCUUGGUGGAUGUCGGGAACAACAAUUACCUUCCGGUCUCCAUCGCCAAAGCAGAUUUUCCUCACAAUGGAAUCGAUUUUCCCACCAAGAAACCAACUGGGAGGUUUUGUAAUAGCAAGAACACAGCAGAUUUUCUUGCUGAAAAAUUAGGGUUACCAAGUUCACCACCCUAUAUUUCCUUGUCAAAGAAGAAAGAUGCAUCAUCGUAUAUAAACAGUGUUAGCUUCGCCUCCGGCGGCGCUGGAAUCUUCAACGGCACAGAUCAAACUUUCCGUCAAUCCAUAACAUUGUCAAAACAAGUGGACAACUACAUCGCAGUGCUGAAAUUUUUGGUACAGCAAAUGGGACCACCUUCCACAGAAAAUCACCUUUCAAAGUCUCUCUUCACCAUCGUCAUCGGCAGCAACGACAUCUUCGACUACUUUGAAUCGUCGAAUCUUCGAAAGAAGAACACCCUACAACAAUUUGUUGACUUGAUGGCUCAAACCCUAAAAGGACAACUCAAGAGACUAUACGAAUACGGUGCUCGUAAACUCGUUCUCACCGGCAUUGGAGCGAUAGGGUGUGUACCGGAAGUAAGGGUUGAAAACGAAACACAUGAAUGCAGUGAAGAACACAAAUUUUGGUCUGUCAGGUACAAUGAAGGAAUGAAGGCAAUGUUGAAGGGAUUAAAAUCAGAACUUCAAGGCAUAAACUACUCUUACUUUGAUACUUACAGUGUCAUGCAAAAUGUGAUCCAAAAACCAUCUUCUUACGGUACUUUUGAACUUGGGGAUUUGAAAGCUAAAGUGCCUUGUGUGCCCGUUUCCAUGUAUUGCUACAACAGGAACGAUCAUGUUUUCUGGGAUUUGUAUCAUCCGACCGAGGCGACGGCUAGGGUUUUCGUGGAUAAUAUUUUUUAUGGUCCUUCACAAUACUGUAUCCCAAUGAAUGUCAGGCAAUUAGUUUCAGUUUGAAACUUAUAGUGAAUGAUCAAUAGCUUGCAGAGUU